CAACCAACCAAGACUACCACCACCACCAGCCAACACCCACCAGCAACAACAACAACAACAACAACAACCCCCAUCAAAGUCAAACGAAACAAACUACCUCUUCGAAUCAUAGACAAUAUAAUCAAUCAGGAUGGCCCAGCGGAAGCUUCAGGCCGACAUCGACCGUGUUCUGAAACUGGUUCAGCAGGGUGUCACCCUGUUUGAGGAGACAUUCGAUAAAAUGACUCAUGCUACCAAUCAGACAUCCAAGGACAAGGCUGAGGCCGAUCUCAAAACAUCUAUCAAGAAACUGCAGCGUCAGAGGGACCAGAUCAAGACCUGGCUACAGAGUAACGAUAUCAAGGAUAAAUCGGCUCUCAUGGAACAUCGCAAGUUGAUCGAAACACAAAUGGAACGGUUCAAGGCUUGCGAAAAGGAGAUGAAAACGAAAGCCUUUAGUAAAGAAGGUCUCAGUGCUCAACAGAAGCUGGAUCCUAAGGAGGUGGCCAAGAUGGAGAUGAGCCAUUGGGUCUCCACAAUGGUGGAUGAACUGGGUCAACAGAUAGAGCGGACGGAGGCAGAAGUAGAACUGUUACGUAGUCAGACCAAGAAGAAGAAACCUACUUCCGGCUCUGAUGGCAGAUCAAGUGAACUUGAAGCUCUCAAUGACCGUCGAAGGUGGCACAUCGGAAAACUAGAGCUAAUCAUGCGACUUCUUGAAAACGGUCAGAUUUCGCCAGAGCGCGUCGGCGAAGUCAAGGAUGACAUUCAAUACUACGUUGAAUCGAAUGUUGAGGAGGACUUCACCGAGGAUGACGACCUUUAUGAAUCGCUCAAUCUUCAAGAAGAGGAGGAACACUAUGGCCUACAUGAUGAUCUGUUGUCAUCACACGAUACAAGUUCGAUAAUCGAAGACAGCAAUCUUUCUGGUGAAAAGAGUCCUGUUAAAGAAAAAAUGUCGAUUUCGGGCGCUCAAAUUCUGCGAGGGCCCAGCGUUCGGAAGCCGACGAUGGAAUCAGGGACAGUACGACCAGCAAUUGUUUCUGGAAGAACUGGCGUUGUCACUGGGAUGGUGCUGCCUACUGGAUCUGCACCCCGGACUACGCCUGCACCACUCCCAUCGUUGCGUUAUGCAAGUGCUGCAGCGGCUGCUGCUUCAUCUAACGUGACAACCACUCCAAGUGUCCCGUCCAGUGCCAAGAGUCCAGGGCCGGUACCCGCCGUCCCUCAACGUUCGAAUUCACUUUCGUUAAGCGGCACCACUCCUGGAUCUUUGCCAGCCCAGCCAUCAGCCGAAUCCCCCAAGAAGCAACCUCAGCAAAUUCCACACCGACCUUUCGCCGCCGUUGCUUCUCCAGACACCAAGGUCGCCGCUCUCCCUGGAUCCGGUGUUUCUCGACCGAUGCUAUCUGGUUCGGAUCCUUCGAGCACGUCUCAAGAUCUAAUUUCCCAAUCAGCCGAUGGGGGUAGCAGUUCGUCGCUCGUCCACAACCCAUCCGGACAAUCGACUCAAUCAGGUCAAUCAAGCCAAUCUGCCGCUGAACCUUCUCCUCACCCAAUCACAGACCGCUCGCCGAGUCCCUCGAACUCACAAAAAUCACGCCAAUCUCCACCUCAAGCAGAUGGAGGCGCAAUGGAGAGUGUUCCUAAUAGCGGUGAAAUCAAGCCCACUGGGUCGACUAGCCAGGCUAGUGACCGACGAGGAUCGGAGAUUAUGACAGGAGAAGAAAAGCUGGAGGAUGGCAAGCGCGCCAGUCUACAAGUCAACAACAACGGUCGUGAAGUAGAGGGAGGACAGACGAGCAACCCAUCGCAAGAGAACAAGAGUGUCUCCUCGCUCGCCGAUUUGGUUGAAACUUAUGAACACUUGAAGGCUCAUACACCCAGCAUGGCCGAGAUGCAAAAAGUGAUCGAGACGGGAAUCUCGGGCUUGCCUCAAAUCCAAGAUGCCGAGAAACCGUACUACUACGCCCCUCGUAAUCCGUACCCUACUAGCUCACAUUAUCCUCAGCAACCCAUGGCAUUCGAAAAACGUCCAGCUAUCUGGUCGGAGAUCGAAGUCGAAGUGCUCUUCUAUCUGUUCUAUUAUCACCAAGGCGGUUAUUUACAAUACUUGGCUGCAAAGGAAUUGAAGAAACGCGCGUGGAGGUUUCACAAGUAUUAUCUCACCUGGUUUCAACGAGCCAAGAACCCAGAAGAAAUGGCAGAUGAUUACGAGAAGGGUUCUUACACAUAUUUCGACUGGGAGGCUGAUUGGUUGAUGCGGACUAAGACACCAUUCCAAUUUGAUUACAAGCAUUUGGAAGACUCAUUAUAACCACAGUGCUCUGAAUGAAUAUAUAUACAAAGGUUGCAUCUAUAUCCUAGUCAGGGUCCAUUGUUUGUUUUUUGUGUUGGUUUUGUUUUGGUGUCAGUAUGCCCAGACUAAUGUGAAGUGUGGGUCGAGUUUUCACUAGUUCAAGUUUAACACAGUGGAUGAUUGAUCGGAGGCAACUAAAUCAAAUCAGAAAUACAAAGUUGUUGUUUACAUAUAUAUAUACAAGUCUUAAUUUCUUUCUUUUUUUUUGAAAAACAGAUAAGCUCAACUGUUGCUUGCCCGGUUCCUUACUUAGGCUCCUUGGCUUGAAAUUUCAAUUCUGUUACUGUUAUAUGCUCACAUUGUACUUUGAUGAAAUCAAAUCAAGAAAGAAAGAAAAAAAAAAUCUGCUGCUGCUGCUAUUAGUUUUUUUUUCUACCUCAUUUUUUUGUGUGUGUGUGUUUGAUCAAGAAACCGUUUUUUCGACCUGUCUUUUGUUUUGUAAAAUCU